AUGAAGCUGGUCCUGCUUAUCUUCAUGCUGGUUCUCUCUAUUGAUAUGGCGAAAUGUUCGAGGAUGACCGGUCCAUUUGAAGCGCUUUACUUCUACUAUGCCUAUCAGAUCGACGCCGCAGCCGCAGCCAGAGCGGCCGAAGACGGGGUAUCAUAUGAGGCAACAAUAGGAGGUGACUGUAUUGGUAAAGAUUGUACCUUGGAGGCCUUUUUGGAAACGAUUAUGGAUCCAAGUUAUGCAGAGGAUCUCACGCCAACUUCAACGGGAUCCACUAGAAGCCCUGACGUUUAUGCAACAGCCGAGGAGAUUGAUACAUAUUGGAACUACAACAGCGACGACUUACAAGCCGACGAAAUUAUCAAGAAAGCGCCAUCGGGCUUUGCAAACCUGGUCAAUGCGGUCGCGAACAAGAUACAAGAGGCUCGAGCAGUUGUACCAUCUGCGGAUCUGGUAGAAAAGGCAACGGUGUCCCUGAAAUGGGCACAGGCCGUGAGGCUCACCGAGAUGGUUGUUCGGUAUGGGGAGCUUGAGGGUGCGAAAGCGAAUGCCUUUGCAGAAAAAUACCCAAAAAUUAACCUGCAGAGCACCCAACGAGUAUUGGACGAGGACAGGACUGUGUCACCGUCACUGAAAAUGGUUUACACCGAUCUUGAUUACGCGGGAAUGGCAACAGAAGCAGCCGGUGGGGAUCAAGCGAAACUGGUCGAUACGUACAAGGAAUUUCUCAACUUUGCCGAAGCUAAACCUACUGAAAGCGUUUACAGAAUUCACCAAAAUAUUGUGAAUAUGUAUCAGCGGGUGAUACCGUCGCUCGAAGCAGGCUGUUCUUAA